AUGGCAGAGGUCUUCGUGUAUCUCGUGAAAAAUCCAUAUCUGAGUUUGCUAACUGAAACACAAAAUAUUUUGUCAUUAAAUCACCACAUGGAAUAUAACUUACCUGCUUAUCAGUUCACCCGAAAUGUCAACGUGCGAGCUGCCUCUCUGCCCCCACUGUGGCUUAAGAAGAGCGGGAGAAAGACGGAAGACAGCGAGAAGAACGCCGGUAAGAACGGAAGACAUCGAGCAUCAGUAAGAACGGGAGACAUCGGUAAGAACAUCAGUAAGAACGGGAGACAUCGAAGUGAACGUCGGGAAGAACAUCGGAAAGAAACAGACAUCGAGAAGAACGCCGGGAAGAACGGAAGACAUCGGAAGAACGGAAGACAUCGAGAAAACGAACGGAAGACAUCGGGAAGAACGGGAAGAACGGAAGACAUCGGGAAGAACGGAAGACAUCGAGAAGAACGCCGGGAAGAACGGAAGACAUCGGGAAGAACGGAAAGACAUCGGAAGAACGCCGGGAAGAACGGAAGACAUCGGGAAGAACGGAAGACAUCGAGAACGAAGCGGAAGACGGAAGAACAUCGAGAAGAACGCCGGAAGAACGGAAGACAUCGAGAAAGAACGCCGGAAAGACAUCGGGAAGAACGGAAGACAUCGAGAAGAACGCCGGGAAGAACGGAAGACAUCGGAAGAACGCCGGGAAGAACGGAAGACAUCGGGAAGAACGGAAGACAUCGAGAAGACGCGGGAAGAACGGAAGACAUCGAGAAGAACGCGGGAAGAACGGACAUCGGAAGAACGCGGAAGAACGGAAGACAUCGGGAAGAACGGAAGAACAUCGAGAAGAACGCCGGAAGAACGGAAGACAUCGAGAAGAACGCGGGAAGAACGGAAGACAUCGGGAAGAACGGAAGACAUCGAGAAGAACGGGAAGAACGGAAGACAUCGAGAAGAACGCCGGGAAGAACGGAAGACAUCGGAGAAGAACGCCGGGAAGAACGGAAGACAUCGGGAAGAACGGAAGACAUCGAGAAGAACGCCGGGAAGAACGGAAGACAUCGGGAAGAACGGAAGACAUCGAGAAGAACGCCGGGAAGAACGGAAGACAUCGGGAAGAACGAAGAACGAGAAGAACGCCGGGAAGAACGGAAGACAUCGGAAGGAAGACAUCGCGAAGAACGGAAGACAUCGGAAGAACGGGAGAACGGAAAAUCGAGAAGAACGCCGGGAAGAACGGAAGACAUCGAGAAGAACGCCGGGAAGAACGGAAGACAUCGGGAAGAACGCCGGGAAGAACGGAAAGACAUCGAGAAGAACGCCGGGAAGAACGCGGAAGAAUCGGAAGAACGGCGCAAGAACGAAGACAUCGGGAAGAACUUCUCGGCUUUUCUUCGACUCCGAAAAGAUCUUCCAGACGCCCGACGUCGACGCAGCAGAAGGGGAAGGAAAGUCAGAGAAAGAGGUCCAGCUUUAUUUACCGACGGGAGAGGGAGAGGGAGAGCCAGCAGCGGACCGGAGGCUUCCCUUGAGCGAAGGCUGGGCUUUGGAGAGACGCCGGGGGAGAGAUAUCGUCUUUCGCGUCUCAACGGAGGGAGUGACGGGGAAGGAAAGAGCAAGGGAGGGAAGCGCUGGGUGAUGGCCGGCGUCGUUGUGAGGAGAGGGACUGAGGAGGCCCCUGAGCGGUUCUUUCGGUCGAGGUUCCCGGGCUUCCUGACGCUGCUGCUCCUCCUCCUCCUCGCCCACAGCGCCUCCGCGGGCGCCAUCGGCAGGGAGAGACCGAGCGACGCCGACACACAAGAGGACAGGACCAACCAUACCCUCGACGGCGACGGGUACAGAUACCACUACCAAGACCAGCACGAUCAUGGCGACACGCACCGGCACGAUAACGCAAGUCUGGAUACCAUCAUGCCUGUACCCGAAGCCUACGGAGACACCGACAAUCCAAUUCGAAUCUGGGCAUUUCUCCUGCUGUUCUUUAUGGGCCUUGUCUGCUGUGUCCGGCUUUGGUUAUACCAGUGCCUACGUCGAAAGAAAGUCAUCCGUGAGGUCAUCAUCCUGCAGCGAAUUCAAGUCCGCGAAAAAUCCCCCGCUGUCGAUUCAGGAGCCGCAGCACCCCCUUCUGGAGGAACGGACACAGGCGAUGCGCCGCCUGCUUACUCCGCCCUAGAUCCGCAGGCUUCCCGUGCGCCCCGCUGAGGAAGGGAGCUCGCCUGAAGGUGAGGCACGGGUCUUCAUUGUGGGGAAUGUGGUGUGGGGGUCUGAGUGAUGGAGGGUUGCAUUCUCUCUCUCUUUCUC